AUGGGGCGCUGGCAUUCCCCGCGGUAUUUAUCGAGCCCCUGUGUGAGUCUUCCCCCGCUGCGGCGAGCGCCCUUGGCUUUCCGCUCCACACUGUCCUUCACCACACCUUCGCGUGCACUUUUCACUUCUGUGCGAUCAUCAGAGUCUCUGACCGCUAAUGUGUAUCCUGCGGCGUCGACCCUCAUCAGGGGUCAGGUCUUCGCGCGCGGCGUUGCGAGCGCUGUAUCGGGCAGGCCAGGGUCGCAGAGUCUUGGCCAGGCGGCACUGAACGUCCGCGAAGAGCUCGGGAACUCUACCAGUGACCUCGCAAAAGUCAUCGCUGGCGCGAACGUAUAUGCGGACUCCGUCAUCCCCACCCAGAAGACGUUCGUCGGGAUAACUGGCGCGGUCGCGCAAACUGUGCCUACUCCGUUUAUGGUCUUGGGCCUUGCGGGCGGUCUCCCUUACCUGGGACUAUCGAGUGCCACAAUCUACCUGGCAUACCAGGCAGGCCUCGCCGUCACAGGUGGCAUCGGCAGCAUGGACCCGGGAGUCGCGAUCACGAUGCUUCACCAAGCGCUCGACUUCCAGGUGACGUACGGUGCGGUGCUACUCUCGUUCGUCGGUGCACUCCACUGGGGCAUGGAGUUCUCCGGCUACGGGGGGCACAAGGGGUAUGCGCGCCUCUUGCUUGGCGCUGCACCCGUAGUGUUCGGGUGGUCCACGCUUGCGCUACCGCCGAUGGAGGCACUGAUCGCGCAGUGGGUGGGUUACACGGCCGUGUGGUGGGCCGAUUCAAAGGCGACAGCAGCCGGGUGGGCGCCGAGGUGGUUCUCCCAGUACAGGUUCUACCUGUCCAUCCUGGUAGGGACGUGCAUCAUUAGCUCGCUCGCUGCAACCAGCUACUGGGGGCCCGUUGGGGGGCACGGGCUCAUCAGUCAUGAUCUGAACAUGGUCCGUGCGGAGCGUAAGCAGAAGCAACCUGAGGCUGAUGGGUCGGUCCGCGGGAACGUCGAGGCGCUGCUCGCGGACGAGUCCGGAGACUCGUACGUCAUCAUUAAGAAGAAACGCGGGGAGGAGGCUGGUUAA